AUGGACGUCACCAACAUCCUGCCGCGAUUGGAGCGCCUCGAUGGCGAAAUCGACAAUCUCGAAGAGAUUCUUAAGCCGAUACUUGCGAGCGUGCCUAAUGUAUCGUCCAAGCUGCCCUUGCUCGACAAGGCUAAGCUAUACGUGCUAGUGACAUAUGCCUUGGAGUCGAUGUUGUUCUCCGUGCUGCGACUCAAUGGCGUUAACGCAAAGGAGUAUCCAAUCUUCAAGGAGUUGACGCGAGUGCGCCAGUACUUCGACAAGAUCAAGAACAUCGAAAACCCUCCGCCCAAGCCCGAGAAUUCCCUAAAUAAGGAGGCCGCAAUCCGAUUCAUCAGAUCUGACCUUGCCGACAAUAAGGAGGUCAACACCAAGCUCACCGAGAUGAUCGCCAAGGAGAAAGCUAAGUCUGCCUUUAUGGCAUCGCAGGCUGGAGCCAAGCGCAGGGCUGACGAGUCGGAUUCUUCGAGCGACUCUGACGAGGAUUCUGCUGAGAAGACCAGUCCUCCUCCAGCGAAGAAGUCAAAGAGCAAGGAAUUGAAGAAGGGAAAAAAGCCCAAAAGAGAGAAUAAAGAAAGAAAACAGGCAAAAAAGACCAUGAAGGACUCCAAAUGA